GGCGUCCACGUUUAGUGGAAUUUAAAAUUAACAAAAAAUUUAGAAAAGGGGAACGCCGCCCGUCCGUGUAAUGGAUUUCUACACGUUUAUAAUCGCAUCAUCGUAUCUACGGCCGCACUUUGACUACGGUUAAUGCACGUCCGCCGCCGGUUCCGCCGUAGGUAUUUAUUAUUGCAACCGCAAGUGGUCGACCGUACGUGUCACGUCCGCCGCGUCUGAUCUUCGUACAUCAUCAUAAUAAUAUAAUAUAAUUGAAUUGUUUAUUACAUUCCGAUAUCUUCGUUAUUAAAUUCCUAUUUGAUAAAAAUUGAAUUUACCUCCCCCCCACGUCAGUUUCAUUUGUGUCGUGAACAGCGGUGUCACUGUCUGUCUGUCACAUCAAUAGCAACAGUAUGAACAAAAUGUUGUCAUUCACGAGGACGACUUUAGCCCGCGGAGCGUCGAUUACGCAAUGCGAGCAGUUGUUAUGUCGCCGGAACACUGCUACUUCUGCCGCCGUUCGAAGGGAUCAGUUCCGGUACGUUUCGGUUAACCGCUUCACGAUAAUGUCACGGUGGAGGACGGAUUGCUCGAAUUAUUUGAUCAUAUUUCAGGUGCAUGAGCCUGAAACGCGUUCCACCGGUCCCACCGGUGAUAACCGGCACGGCUGUCAGUAAGGACGAGUCCAGAGAUUUCAUGGCUGUUUUCCCGGACGUCGUCAGAGACCUGACGGAUACUGGUCGUAAUUUAGAUGUACCCGACGUUACCAAAUGGCUAUCGAAGGUGAUUUCACAGUUAUUGACCCAAUUAUCGAUUACUUAUAUUUCACUGUUUAAUAAUAACUUAUAUUUUGUUUUAUUUACCUAGCUGUUGCAAUACAAUGUACCUGGCGGUAAAAAAAACCGUGGACUAGCAUUGGUGCUUUCAUACAAAAUGUUGUGUUCUCCGUCUGAGUUGACUGAUGAAAAUCUCAGACUGUCUUAUAUAUUAGGAUGGUGUGUUGAAAUAGUAAGUUUUUUUUUGAACUAUAUCUAUGUAGGAGAGUAGGUAGGUAUGUACAAUAUUAUACGACAAAUUAAAACAAUCAUUAAUUUGAAAAUGAUUGCUUCUUUGGACUGAUAAAUAAUCCAAAACUUAAAAAUGUCAAUGAUUUUAUUAGGCACAGCUAAAGUUAGUGAUACAAAAUGUUUACUAAAAAAUGAUAAAAUGUAUAAAUAUUAACUAAUAGUUUAUAUAACUGACUUAUUUAAAAUAUCUAAGUUUAAACUUCUUAGAUAAUUUAUAAAAAUUAAUAUUCAUUUUACAUCCUAAAAUUCAGAUUAUAUUUUAAAGUUGACAAAUUAUGAACUCAUAACAUUAUCAAAUGUAUAUAUAAGUCAGAUAUAUCUUUUAUAUAAUAAAAAUAUGCAGGUAUGUGAAAUAUGCCUAAUAUAUAUGUUAUAUAAUUAACUAAUUAAAAUAAUCUGAAUAAUUUUAAUUACUUAAAUUAAUUAUAUGCAUUUGAACUGCAUUUGAUUUAUUUAAAUAUCAAAACAUAAAUAAUGUAGUAUUAAAUAUAAUAUGUUAGCAUUCUUCUGAACUCUUCCAAAAAAAUUAAUUAGUUUUAAGUAUUUGUUUAAGUAGGUGCCUAUUAUUUUAGUUAUCUUUUAUUGAGUUAUUUAUAAUAAUUAUUCCAAAAAUACUUUGAAAUGAAUCCAAUAAUAACUUGCAGUUUUCACUGUCAGUUCUUAAUAAUUAUUGAGAGUGCCCACUAUCUUAAUUUCCAUCAAAUUGAUUAUAUCUUCAAGCAAACAAUUAUGUAAUAUACAACUGGUAUAAUUUCACAUCUUUGUUCAUUUAUAAUUUUGUAAUUUUGUACCUUCAAUAUUUUAUAUUAUAGUAAAGUUAAAAAUGUUAUAAUACUAUUUACCGAAAUAAUGUUUUUUGUUAACGACCUUUUUACUAUAGGUAUUUAUUGAUAACAUGAAUAGUGUUUUAUUCGAUAAUUUAAUAAUAGCAUAUUACAUCUAUUUGUUUUUUUUUCAUAUUCCCACAUCACAUGCAUCAUGCAUCAUUUAAUCAUUGUCACAUUAGCUAGUUCAAUGAAACUGUUUUGUUGAAUAGUUGGUUGACUAAUUAGCUUUCUUAUUUUAAACACUAUUAAAUAACAUAUAUUAUAAUAUAAAAAUAAUUAAUAACAAAGUUACAUAAUGGUGUGUUUGGAAGAAAUGUUGGUAAUUCAAUCAAUUUAAAUAUAGUUUGAGACAAAUGAGUAUAUUUAUUAUUUUUUUUAUAUAAUUACUGAUUUUACAGUAUUAUAUUUUACUUAUUACGGUAAUUUUUACAGAAAAAAAAAAUUAAAACCUAGUAAGUAUCAAUGUAUACUUGCAUAUAUGUCUGAUAUAAAUGUGUGUUUAUUUUUAAUGCCUAUCACAAUUUGGAUUGACCUAUUUUGUUUAAAAAGAAAAUAAUUAAAAGUUUUAUUUAUAUGCCAUAAGUUGACAUGGGAUAUAAAAUUAUUUUAAUUAUAAUAUUCAUAUUGUUUGUGUGUUUUUAUAUAUUACAAUCGUGAACAGUUGAAGAGUUAUUAAUAAACAUCAAAGUACAUUUACCAUUAAUCACGUGAAUAUUAUUAUAAUUAUUUAUUAUGUAGUAUAAUUAUAAUAAUUGUAGGUACAUACAUACAAUACAUUUAUUGAAGUAAUUAAAAAUUAACUAUUUAUAAAUUAUUACAUGAUUUUACCUGCCAUAAAUAAUAUGUGAAGGUAAUAGUUAAAUAUACACCAUUGAAAAUUAAGCCCUAGAAGGCAAAUAUAAAUAUUUGAUAAAAAAAAACCACCAACCAGUUAUAUACAUUUAUCUAACAAAAUAUAAUAUUGUUAUUGGUUAAACUAUGGUUGUAUCAAUAACAUAUUUAAGGGUGUUGUUUGGGAAUUAUGAUACUCCCCUCCCCAUUGAGUCUUAAAAUAUUACUACAAGAAUUAAAAUCCAAAAUUAUAUUUUAUAAUUUUUUAAAUAUUUUUUUUUUCUAAUUCAUCCAAAUUAUCAACUUGGUUUAAUUAAUCCGAUUUUCUUGUCUACUAAAAAGCCAAAAAGACAACUGUCUCCUAACCUCAAACGAGUUAAACAUCACCUUAUUAACAGCUGUAUGACUUAAGAAUGUUUUUUCUUAUAAUAUGAUGUUUAAUAAUUAAAUUAAAUAAUUUUUGGUGGAAAUUAGAACUGUUAUCAAAUACUGUAUGUAUUACUGAUUUACAAUAUUAUCAUUACUACAUGGCAAAGGAAUGUCAUCAUCAUUAUUAUUACCAAAAAGAGUUGAUUGCAAACUGAAACCCUUAAUACAAUACUAUUUACAUGUUCAUCUGACAGUACAUCGUCACUGAUUACAGACUCUUCCAUAGACACUAAACAUUUAGAUGAAGAUAUUGUAGACUGAUUUGUGCUGUUUUAGAUACUGUGCAGAGCGAGGAAUCUAUUGGUUUUACUAUGAUGUGUGUUUUUUUUUUUUUGCCUAUAGAUAACUUUUCUACCAGAAAACUUACUCCGAAUUAUAAACUACAGCAUUUUUUCUGAAAAUUAUAGGGAAAAUGGUAAAUAUUUACAAUACGCGGCGUUACCAUUUUCAUUGUUUUUAUUAUGUUAACACAUUGUUUUCUACUACAAAUAUUACUCCUAUCCAAAAAUGACAAGAGAUCGAUUUUGUUCUUUAUUUAUAAUUUUUUGCCAUUGACAGAGAAAGCCGUUUUUCAAUAUCCAAGAGAUUUUCUAAUAAUUGGGAAAAAUAAAUAAAAUAAAAUUGAUUAAUAUUUACAGCAAUUAAAUUAUCUAAUUAUUGCAUUCAAUUCAUUAUGUUAUGUUUUAUACCAGAAAUAUUAUUCCUAUAGAUAAACAACAAGAGACCUUUUUUGUUGCAUUUUUUAUCUAACACCUAAAUAUAAUAUUUGUUUAUUGAUUUUUUAUGUAGUUCUAUGCAUUUAUUAUAUUUAAAUGUGAUUACACAAUAUUCAAUUUUUUUAUUACGAGAAUUAGAAUUAAAUGUUGAUUUUUAGGUACUUUAGAAUAAUUAACUAAUUAAAUUUAUCUUAAGAAAAAUAUCAGUUAAGUUAUUAAUUAUUGAAAAUAAUAAAGUAAAAAUAAAGCAUUAUUAGUAUGUAACACAAAAUUGGAUACCUACUAAUUAUCUUGUAUUACUAAAAUUUUGGUAUAACUGAGAUAAGGUAAACUAUUUUUUUGAAUUCUUUGAUUAAAAUAACAAUUUUUUUUUUUAGUUGCAAGCUUUUCAACUAGUGUUGGAUGAUAUAAUGGAUAAUGCCAUCACUAGAAGAGGACGUCCAUGUUGGUAUCGACAGAAUGAUAUUGGCCUUGUGGCAAUAAAUGAUGGUAUUCUUCUUGAACAGGCCAUAUACCAAUUACUUAAAAAGCACUUUAAUGAUAAACCCUAUUAUACACAUAUUCUUGAGCUUUUCCAUGAUGUAAGUAUUUUUUUAAUAACUUCUUUUAAAUUUCCAAAUUGUUUAAAUAACUCAAUUCAUGGCAGUUGUUGAUAUUGUUUUGGGUGAUUGGCAAUGCCAAUGUCUAAUUGAAAAUUUUUCUUAUUAACUUUACAAUUUAAUUUGACAGGUUACAAUGAAAACUUCAAUGGGUCAAUGUCUUGAUAUGUUGACUGCACAUAAUUUCAAGACUAACAAAUUGGAAAAAUAUAAUAUGGAAAAUUAUACGGCUAUUGUCAAAUAUAAGACUGCAUAUUAUUCAUUUUUUCUUCCUGUGUGUCUCUCUAUGCGCAUGGUAAGCCUUAUUUUUUUUUUAAUGAUUUAAUAUUUAUCUUUACUGAGUAAAAUAAUUUUACAGACAAACAUAAAUGACCCAGAAAUUUUUCGACAAGCAAAGACUAUAUUGCUUGAAAUGGGACACUUCUUUCAAGUUCAAGUAUAGACAAAAUUGAUAAAUUCUUAUAUAAUAUAAAUUAUUGAAAUGACAAUAUUAUAUUAGGAUGAUUUUUUGGAUUGUUAUGGAGACCCCGAAAUAAUGGGCAAAAUUGGUACAGACAUUGAAGAUGGAAAAUGUUCAUGGUUAGCUGUAGUAGCUUUGCAAAAAUCUAAUUCUCAACAAAAAAAAAUUAUGGAGGUAUUUAAUAAUUAUCCUGUAAUGUAUUCUUUAAAUAUUGUAUUUUGAUUAUUGUAAUAGGAAAACUAUGGUAUCGAUGAUCCAAAGAAAGUGGCAAUAAUAAAAGAUUUGUAUAAACAAUUGAAGCUACCAAAUACUUUUAAUCUUUAUGAAGAAGAAAGUUAUAAUUUAAUAUGUACUCAUAUUCAACAAGUAUCACGAGGUUUAUCACAGGAUAUGUUUUUUAAAUUUUUGGAAAAAAUUUAUAAAAGGUCACUUUAAUAUUACAAGAUAUUAGUUGUUCUGCAUUUAUGGGUAUUUACAAAUUAAUAAAAUAUAUAGAUGUUAAAUAAUCUACAUGAAUUUUGUCAACUAAUUUAUUUUUGAGUUAAAUUUAAAUGUAGUAUUUCUAUUAAAUAUUAUUUUUUUAAACAAUUAAUUUAUUAUCGCAAAAAUGUGUUUAUUACUAUUGAAAAUUAAAAAACUUCAAUUAAUUAUAAUGUAUUUUUGUGUUUUGGUUACAUACUAUAAUCUGAUGGUUAAAGUAUUUGUGAUAUUAUUAAAAUUGACAUUAGCCGAUUGAAAGAUUUUAAUUAUUAAAUUUAUUUUGGUUACCUACUUAUUACUUGUAUUGUUAUUAUUAUUCAUCAUCAUUAAAAUUAAUUGAUAACCAAUCAAUAUUAUUGUGUAUACUAUUAUUACUAUAUAUGAUAUUAUUAUAUAGUCAUUAUCUGCAACAAACCAAUUAUAUGAUUAUGGUUAAAUAUAAAUAUAACAUAAAAUACAAACAUAAAAUAUGGUUUUAUGUUAUCAAAUAUAAUACAAUUUAAAAGUAUGUAGCAUUUAUUAAACUUAAUAUGUUAAAAGGGC